AAGCCUCCGCCCCGCGGGCCAAGGGCCCACCAGCCUUCCCCACACGCGGGAGGUUACUUCGAUGAACCGUUUUGCGGCACGAAGGGGAAACUGAGGCCCGGUGAAGGGCAGAGACUUGCUGCUCCGCGGCUCCUCGGAGGAAUGCAGGUCCGAGGAGGAGGCGUCCCGCCCGCCGCGGCGGCCGGGAGAGCGGUGGGGAACGGUGGCGUCAUGCACACCCGGCCGCCCCCGCGCCGCCGCUGAGCCCGCCGCGAGGUGGACCCCGGGGCCCGCCCGGCCGGCCGCACCAUGAGCCACGGGCCCAGCCCCCGGCUGGCCGAGUCUCCGCAGCUGUCCAAGGGCAGCCUGCUGACCAUCCUGGGCAGCCCGUCGCCCGAGCGCGGGGGCCCUGCCGACUCGCUGCCGCCCACGCCGCCCAGCGGCACGCCCUCGCCGGGGCCGCCGCCCGCGCUGCCGCUGCCGCCGCCGCUGCCGCCGCCGCCCGCGCUGCUGGCCGACGGGGACUGGGAGAGCCGCGAGGAGCUGCGGCUGCGGGAGCUGGAGGAGGCGCGCGCGCGGGCGGCGCAGAUGGAGAAGACCAUGCGCUGGUGGUCCGACUGCACGGCCAACUGGCGCGAGAAGUGGAGCAAGGUGCGCGCCGAGCGCAACCGCGCCCGCGAGGAGGUGCGCCAGCUGCGCCAGCGCCUCGACGCGCUCACCAAGGAGCUGGCGGGCGCGCGGCGCGAGCGCCAGGAGGCGCAGGGCGAGUGCGAGGCGCGGGGCCGCGAGCUGGCGCGGCUGCGGGGCGCCCGGGGGGCCGCCGACAGGACGCCCGACGGGCCUGAGCCCGAGCCUGAGCGGGAGCAGGAGCCGGUGCGCGACGUCGGGGCCGAAGCGCCCCCCGGCAGCCAGGAGCUGGAGCUAGUGGAGAGCCUGCUGAAGAACAGACCAGAGGAGCCUGAUGGCUGCUGGGAGGCACGAAGCAUGGGGGCCGGGGUCCCACGGAGCAGCUCAGGCCGCCAGGAGCGCAGCCGGCUACCCUGGGAAGACACAGCCACCAUUGAGGAGGAUACAUCCAAGUUGACUGCCCUGCGGCUGCGGUUGGAUGAAUCCCAGAAGGUGUUGCUCAAGGAGCGAGAGGAUAAACUGACACUGAGCAGGAACAUUGAGAAGCUGGAAGGGGAGCUCAGCCAGUGGAAGAUCAAGUACGAGGAGCUGAACAAGACCAAGCAGGAAAUGCUCAAGCAGCUCAGCAUCCUGAAGGAGGCCCACCAGGACGAGCUGGGUCGCAUGUCCGAAGACCUGGAGGACGAGCUAGGUGCACGGUCCAGCAUGGACAGGAAGAUGGCUGAGCUGAGGGGUGAGAUGGAGCGGCUGCAGGCAGAGAACGCUGCUGAGUGGGGUCGCCGUGAGCGGCUGGAGACUGAGAAGCUAGGCCUGGAACGGGAGAACAAGAAGCUGCGGGCACAGGUGGGGGACCUGGAGGAGGCACUGGCCCGACGGCGGAGGCAGACAGCCAGCGCACUGGACUGUGACCUGCGGGCCAGUCAGGCCGCACUUUUUGAGAAGAACAAGGAGCUGGCAGACCUGAAGCACGUGCAUGCCAAGCUGAAGAAACAGUUUCAGGAGAAGGUGGCCGAGUUGGCACACGCCAACCGGCGGGUGGAGCAGCACGAGGCAGAAGUGAAGAAGCUGCGGCUACGGGUGGAGGAGCUCAAGAAGGAGCUGGCCCAGGCCGAGGACGAGCUGGAUGAGGCCCACAACCAGGCACGUAAGCUGCAGCGGUCGCUGGACGAGCAGACAGAGCAGAGCGAGAACCUCCAAGUGCAGCUGGAGCAUCUGCAGUCCAGGCUCCGCAGGCAGCAGCAGAACGCACCCCUCUUUGGGAAGAUCCGAAGUGCUCGCUUCGGCACCGAGGAGGCUGGGGACGGAGCCAGUGACCUGGAUGAAGACGAGGACCUGCAGAUCCAAGUGGCCUAGAGCUGCCAGGGCCAGACAGGACCAGCCUGUGACCACAGGCCCCUUGGUGUCCGGGCCGACCGGCCGCUCCAGCCGAGGCAGCUGCCAGUGCUCCCUGCCAUGGCUGUCUUCCUCCUCUCCCAGGGUGGGCGCCAAUGAUCCUGCCCUGGCAACACCCAGUGGAAGGGAAGCCAUGGCCUGUGUUUUAUACAUGUACAUAAGUGCGCGGGGUCCUUGGACCCAUUUGGUCUUAUAAACACAGGACCACUCCAAGGCCCGGUCUCAGCACCCUGAGCCACCUAGGACCUUCAUGCAGGGGUGAGGGGGAUGUCAAAGGGGGCCAUUGGGGCUUUGACCCAGGCUCCCUCUCUGAACCUUGGGGUCAGGGGGAGCUGUUUACAGUACAAUGUGAUAAACCCAGUCUUUUGUAAUAAAUGGAGUUUGGGUUCUUGGGGCAGAGUCCUGAGAGUGUGGCAGAUGUGGGCAGGUGAUGUAGGGGCGGCAUGAGCUUGCAUCUAGCACGCAACCUGAGCUCAGGAAUGUCAAGUGACUUAAUAAAUGAACGAAUGUAAGAAACAAUGAAUGGAUGAACACCUGAGCUGCUCAGUGUGAGUGGAAGGAAAAGGUAUGGUGUAUGUCUAAUCUGGAGGAGAGGAGGCAACGAUCCUGCACCGGAUGGAUUCAGAUCUCUGCUUCUGCCCCUCACUGGCUGUGCACCAAUGGCGAAGUGACUUGACCCCUCUCAGCCUCCGUUUCCCCAUCUAUAAAUUAGGUGCCUCAUACAGCUCUCAUGAGAAUAGGAUGAGUUCAUCUGGAACUCAGGGAAGGUUAGUUGUUACUGAAAUACUUGAAGGUAUGCCCCAGAGAGGAGGGAUUUGCCAGCUGGGCUCUGCCACAGGGAUGAAGUUUAGGCGACCAAAAGUAGGUAUAAGCAACAAUAAAUAAUAAGUUCUUUUAUCUUUCCCCCAGCCCUGUUCUAGGUAAUGAAAUUGCAGGUAGUUUUAAUUUUUGAUGCUUAAUUUGUAAACUCUCUCUAACCAGCAGAUUUAUAUUAAAUCUGGGGGAAACUGUUAUUCAGAACACAAUCGCACACAUCAUUGAAUCUGCCAGUUGAGAUGGCACGGAGACACCUGCCUUUAAUGAGAUGCUUUAGAGGAAUCCUCGGCAGCAGGCCUGCUUUCGGCAGAAAGAGGCUGUGUCAGCAUUAUUUUAGUGGGCAGAAGGGGCGAGUUGCCUGUGCUCAAGUGGUGCUGAGCAGGGGCCUGGCACCAAAAAGGAGUUCAAUUUAAUUAGAAAAGGGGCUCUUUGCCUGCAGAGGGGAGCUACCUGCAGUGGGUUUCUUUCUUGUGACCGUCUGAGGGGCCCCUAAGGAUACAGUGCUGGGACCCAGAUGGUGCCAGAGCCCAGCUAGUGAUAUAUAUGGGCACCAAACAUUUCCCGUGUUGCCACACCUGACCAAGUGAUGCUGGUGAAGUGGGGUUUGCUAUCCUGGCAGAGAGACCCCAGGUUCCCUCCUGGGCUCUGAGGGGAAAGGAGGGAGUAGGCAAGACCCUGCUGUGGGGAGCCACCCGCCAUGGGUCUUUCCUCACGAGCCAGGGCCUCCGACCAAAAGGCUGUGGGAAGAGGACUGUUCCUGCCAGUCGUCUUUCUGUUUUCUCUCCCAAACAGGAAGUGGGCCCCAGAAGAGGCUGAAAUACUGCCCUUUGACCCCCAGGAGCCAGGCCCUCACUGACGACAGCCCUGGGAGCCACCUCCCCAGGCCGCAGGCGGACCUGCCAUUCCCAGACACAGAGCAGAUCCGCAGGCACAGCGGGCUCCCCCAGACUCCCUGGCACCUCUGCCGAGAGUGUUGAGCAGGGGCCCCAUUCCCGGCCCUGUCUGCGGGCGGGGCCGCUCCUGAGAAUGUCAGCCAGGGGAGGGUCUGGCUUCCCACUUCAUUGUCCAAGGGAAAACCAAAGUCUCUGGAGGGGAGAGACAGCCACAGACCACAGGGCUGGAAGAUUCUCCAGGCUCUUUCGUCCCGUUGUUCUUGGUGGCAGCAUCUGCCAACAGAAGCGUCAGCUUUGGCUCCCGUGAUGCUUUAAAAACUGUAUUAAAUGCAUGGCUAAUAUUA